AUGUCAGCAUCCGAUAGAAUAAAGAAAGCAGUAGAAAUAAAUGAUAGUCUAGUCUAUGGUGGAAGCAAAUUAGACGUUGCCAAAGGAGCAUUAAAUGCUCUUGGAAUGGUUGGAGAUGCAUUUAUGCAACAAAUUAAAGGUGGAGUCGAUGAUAAUCAAAAACAACUGAACAUGAUUUAUCAAGAAAUUGUAUCAAUUCAAACACAUAUGCAACAAUCGGAAAGAAAAUCACAGAAUUCAAUGAAAAUUAAUGCGCCAAAAAUUGAACCAAGUCAAUUACAAAAACCAGAACCUUCAGAAGGAAAUAAUCAACGCCCUAGCCAUCCUAGAAUUAUAAAAAGAAUAUACUUAAGAAAUGCAACAGAAGUUGCAUGUAAAAUUAAUGAUAAAACAAGUGAUAAAUUAUUACACUCACAAAAAAACCAAGAUAACUAG